AUGCACGCGAAUAAAAACUAUGUUGAUACAAUUACCGAGGUAACGACGGCUGUAUCGGCCGCUUUGGAGGUUAGCUGCAAAAUAAAGGUAUUGGCGGGCGGCGCCGACAACGGUGGUCAUAGAAAUGUUGCGAAUGCAACCCCCACGGCUAAUGUACAAGAAGAAUCGGCAACGGCCGUUCAAUUACCAAAACUAAACUUGCUUCAUUUUCAGGUAGCUAUGAAGAGUGGCAAUGCUGCAGAGGUUAUAAGUUCAAUAGAAUUGUCCAACCAAAACUACGACAUAGCGUGGGAUCUCCUCAAGGAACGCUACAAUAACGUUAAAGUCUUAGUUCAAGCGCACAUCCAGGCUAUUUUUGAAUUGCCCACAAUGGUGAAAGAGAACGCGAACGAUCUGCGUCAAAUAGCAGAUGGUACGGCUCGACAUAUUCGUGCAUUGAAAGCUCUCAAGCGUCCAGCGGACACGUGGGACGACUUGAUUAUUUACAUAUUAAGUUCCAAGUUGAACUCAGGAACAGCGCGCCAAUGGCGAACGUCGCUCAAGGAAAGGGAAAUACCCACACUGAAACAAUUUAUGGCCUUCUUGCAUCACAGAUGUGAAGUGCUUGAAGCGCCUGUCAAGCCAGUUGGAGGCACGUCGACUCAGGGUCGCAUAAAUAUUAAAAGGCAGGGCACGCAUGCUGCCACAGUUAAGUCGCAGUGUAAUUAUUGCAAGGAAGAUCACUUAAUCUAUUACUGUGCGGAUUUUCUCAAAUUAACAAUUCCUGAGCGCAUAUCCAAGGCACGUAAGUUAAAAUUAUGUCUCAAUUGCUUGCGUUCGACAAAUCAUUCUGCCCCAACAUGCAAAUCGGGCCAUUGCAAGUUCUGCAGUGAGCGGCACAACUCGUUGCUCCAUUUAAAGGCAAAAGAAACCAACAAUUCUCAAUCUUCAAAUACGGCUUUAGAGCCGUCUCAGGUCGAGGCUAUCACUAAUUCUGUUACUACUUGCACGUCAACUUCGUGUAGCAGGAUCACGUUAUUAUCCACCGCAGUAGUGGACGUCUUGGAUCGAUACGGAUGCGGGCAGAGAUGCAGAACGUUACUAGAUAACGGAUCCCAAGCAAAUCUUAUAUCAAGCUCCUUUGUAAAAAAUUUACAACUUCCCACUCAGACAACAGACAUAGUCGUAUCGGGAAUUAAUGAUAAAAUAACAGAAAGGCUCCCAUCUCGAUCAAUAGACAAAUCCAAACUACAAGUACCCAGCCACAUAAGGUUAGCUGAUCCUAACUUUCAUGUUUCAGAUGAUGUUGAUUUGUUACUAGGAGUCGAAGUAUUCUGGGAAUUAGUCUGCCCGAAUCAAAUUAAGAUAUCACCCGGCCACCCAAUACUUCAACAAACUAAACUCGGGUGGAUCCUGGCAGGUGGAUUCACCACUAACAAAUUGUCAAAUCAACUCAGCCAGUUCUGGCGCAUUGAGGAACCUCCGCAUCUAUCCGAUCCUUUUACCAUAGAGGAAAUGGAAUGCGAACAUCAUUUUACUCAGAACGUAACGCGCAAUCCUGAAGGACGAAUAGUCGUGAAGCUACCUAUCAAGGACAAUAAACGUGAUUACGCCCAAUUUAUGCACGAGUACGUGCAAUUAGGUCACAUGACACCCAUCGAAACCGAGGAACCCGCGAACACUGAAUUGCCGGUUUUCUAUUUACCGCACCAUUGCGUGAUUAAGCCUGACAGCAGUAGCACCAAAUUGAGGGUCGUGUUCGAUGGUUCAUGCAAAGGUCCCACAGGAAUCUCACUCAACAAUGCCCUGAGAGUCGGGCCUCUUCCCAAUGCAUGUUACACGUACGAUUUUUACGUCGAUGACGUGCUAACGGGUGGCACGUCAAUUGACGAAUGCAUAAGAUUAAGGACGAGCUCAUUCAACUUCUUGGGAAAGGAGGAUUCCACCUCGCAAAGUGGGCCUCCAAUAACUGCCGCAUUCUUUCUGGGCUGCAUGACAACAAUGGAAUCUAACUUGUCUCUUGACAAAACGCUCAACUGCAAGAUACUCGGAACACUCUGGAAUCCUUCGACUGAUUCAUUGCGGUAUAAUGCUCAAGAUACUGGCAAUCAUAAAUCUCUUACUAAACGUGAGUUGCUAUCAGAGAUAGCCAAGGUGUUUGAUCCUCUUGGGUUGAUUGGCCCUGUAAUAAUCAUUCCAAAAUUGCUGAUGCAGGAGCUAUGGCAACAAAAUCUACAGUGGGACGACCCGUUUUCCCAUCUAUUCUGUCGAAAUGUCAGUCAAUUCAAGUCAGAAUUA